AUGGGUAUUAGUGGAUGCAUUGCGGCUAGUUACCUGAUGUGGAAUAUAAGGUGUUCUUGUUUAAUAAACAACACUUGUGUACAUCAAGCUGGCAUCUACAAUUGGACAGGACGUCGAGGCGUACACAGUGGGACUAUUUUUGGAGAUUUGACUUUUGAUCCGCCAUUAUUAUUAACAAUACCUGGUCUUAUGGUUGGAUGUUUACCAUACAAUUCAUUAUUUAGAUCAACACUAGAAUGUUUCUAUAAUCAAUCAUGUAUUGAUCAGAUUCAAAUAUUUAUUAAUGGAUUAUCAUUAGUUACACCACUUUCAUUAUCUUGUUUCAAACAAAAUACAACAGUGAGUGAUCUAUUUGAUAACUUAUUUAUUGAAUCAUGGAAUGAAAAGAUUAAUUUUACUGGUUAUUUUCAAGUAUGUUCUCCACAUUCAUGUACAUAUUCUUAUGAUCGACGGUUCAAUCUACUUUAUGUAAUUGUUACUAUUAUUAGUCUUUUUGGUGGUCUAAAGACAAUUUUAUAUUUCUCGACACCUUUAAUAAUCAUGUUCAUACGACGAAUUCAGAAAAGAAUACUUUUUUUAGUUUUCUAUUCAUCAAUUGCUGCUCGAAUUCGAAUUAAUAAUGUGUAUCAACCGUCAUUGAAUGAAUAUGAAAGAUUAUAUACACAAUAUUCAUCAACACUCGUAUGCCCAUGUACUCAUCUUUCUGUAUCUUAUUCAUCUAUUAUGUAUAUAAAGCCUUAUUAUCAUCAAGUGUGUUCAAGUGAUUUCAUCAAAGAUAAUGCGUGGUUGCUCUACUUUCGUGGAUUACCUGAUAAUCUUCACGCUUUAGAUUUUCGUGUUAGAGGUUCUAGAAUAUUCACUACACUUCAAACAUUAUGUAAGAUGUCAAAUGAUACUGUAACAAAUGAACUUGUUGUUUUCAAUAAUUUACAAUUUGUCAGUAGUCAAGUAUUGACAAAGAAUACAUUUAAUACAGAAACAUCUGCACUUAUUCAACAAUUUCAACAGCAGACUCUGGCAUCUUUUCUCGACCUAUUUGAAUUGGUUCGAACUUCAAUUCAGCUCAAUCAGUUUAUUGUUUAUGGUGGGGCUAAUGCUCAAAUAGUUCAAAUAUUGAACGAUAAUAACAACUCAAUGCGUUUUGUAUCAAACAAUGAUUGGAACAACCAGUGCUCAUGUGGUACUAAUGUUUCUUGUACACGUUCCGAAGGAUUCUAUCUUAGCGUAGCAUCUCCUGUUUCAUAUACAGGUACAUCGGAGGAAACGAUACCGGGUUUGCUUGUAGGUUGUGUACUCGUUGAUUCUCUUCUUGCAUCUUCGCUUGAAUGUUUUUAUAAUGCAUUAUGUAUUCAAAGGCUUAUUAAAUUGCGUUCAUAUGAUUUAUAUCUUGGCACAGUAGAUUCUCGUGUGGCCAAUGUUGUUCCACUUGAUCCAACGGUUGAUAGUCGUUUUUCUCCUGAUACUACAUUGGAUCAAAUUGUUUCGCAAUUAUUUAUUGAAGGUUGGACAAAUUCUACUAAUUUUAGUUUCUAUUAUCGUCAAUGUGCACCAUAUCAAUGUAUUCGUCAUAAAAUUGCAAUGUUUUUCACUCGAUUUCAACAUUCUAUUCGAGCAAUGAAUUUAUAUCAUAAAGUACGGAAACCUUGUUUACCAGAAAAAUCACAAACAACAAAUGAUAUAUUAAUUAUACAACGUCAACAAAUAGCUACUCGUUUUUAUAUUAUUGUUUUUGUCUUAGCACUUAUAGUUAUAAUAACUUUUACUGGAUUAAAUUCACAGAUACAUUCUGUGAAGGUAACAUCUCCAACGGAAUUAAUAUUUGAACAAUUACAAACUCAAUAUUCAUCAUCAUUAUCAUGUCCAUGUUCACGAAUAGCAAUUCAAUAUUCAAAAUUUCUUUCUGUUAAACCAAUUGCUUAUCAUCAAGUGUGUUCAAGUUAUUUUAUUUCAUCUAAUUUUAUUGAAUUACUAUGGGGAACUGAAUCCUAUGAAAGUUAUUAUUGGAAUGUAGACAUGAAAAUAUUAAGUACACAGUUUCGACUUUUAGCAUCAUUUUGUUCUCUUGUAAAAAAUCUAAUUGAACAAAAGAUUGAAAUAUUCUCUUCACAAAAGUUCAUUAGUGUUGAAGCAUUAACACGUCAUUCAUUUCAAACUCAAAUCGAUUCUAUUAUUGAUCAUUUUAUUGUUCAGGCACCAACUAGUUUUCGACAAAUACAUAAAUAUAUCAUAGAAAUGUUUCAUGCUAAUCAAUUACAUAAUAUAUUCUACACAAAUUGGAAUCUUACUAUAUCUAAUCCUAAUGAUAAUUAUAUUAUGUCAACAAGUCCAAUAUCAUAUAAUGAUAGUAAUAGUUCAUGUUCAUGUGCAACUAUGUCAACAUGUUCAAGAUCUCUUUUGACUAAUAAUAACAAGACAGAAAUAUUGUCAGGUAAAAUGUUUAUUUACAAUAGUGAUUAAUUCUCGUUCGUAGGUUGUAGUUUCUUUUAUAGACUGAUUAAUUAUUCGAUAGAAUACGUUUGCUAACUAUAUAUAUAUAUAUUCUAGAGUGCUGUCAGUCAGUCUCGAAUCCUGUAUAAUCUCGUUUGUCUUUCUCACGAAACGACCUGGAUUGCACCGAAUUUUCUAAUCCUUAUAUCAAAAAUCUAUCGUGCAUUUUAAUUUUUUGAUUUCUAACAAAUAUCUUGAUAUAUAAAUAAAUAACAGAAAAAAAACUAAUAGAGACAGAGCUAGACUGUCACUUGAGCAAAGCUCGAGUAGAGAGAACGGCUAACUGCAUGAGCCAGAAGGCAUGUCAGAACGCGAUCCUAUACAGCGUCCGAUGUUUCUAAAUCUAAGAGUUUCGUUGACGAAAUCAUAAUAAAUUUCAGUCAUGUUCCACUGCCUCAGU